GGCGCGGCUGUUUUUGAACGUGGCGGCGGGGCUGUUGUGAAGUAGCUCGAGCUCCUGCCGCUGUGCCGUGACCGUGGCCAUGGAGCGGCAGCUCACCCGGGACCAGGGUAUCACCUUGCGCGGCAGCGCCGACAUUGUCGCCGAGUUCUUCUCAUUUGGCAUCAACAGUAUCUUAUAUCAGCGUGGCAUAUACCCAUCCGAAACCUUUACUCGGGUGCAGAAAUACGGACUGACUUUGCUUGUGACAACGGAUCCCGAUCUCAUAAAAUACUUGAAUAAUGUGGUGGACCAACUAAAAGACUGGCUGUAUAAUUGUUCAGUUCAGAAACUGGUGGUGGUGAUCUCGAAUAUUGAAAGUGGCGAGGUCCUUGAACGGUGGCAGUUUGAUAUUGAGUGUGACAAAACUGCAAAGGAAGACAGUGCACCAAGAGAGAAAUCGGUGAAAUCUAUCCAAGAUGAAAUUCGGUCAGUGAUCCGACAAAUCACAGCCACCGUGACAUUUCUGCCGUUGUUAGAAGCAGCUUGUGCAUUCGAUCUACUCAUUUACACAGACAAAGAGCUCGUAGUCCCUGAAAAGUGGGAAGAAUCUGGGCCACAGUUUAUUGCCAAUUCUGAAGAGGUCCGUCUUCGUUCCUUUACUACGACUAUCCACAAAGUAAAUAGCAUGGUGGCCUACAAAAUCCCUGUCAACGAAUGAGGGCAAGGGGAGGAAAAUAAUGUACGUGUGAUUCUCGAAUUGAAUUUCCCUUAAGAUAAUUUAAAUAGAGAUGAUGCAUUUUAUUUCAUUGGUGAAACUUUGCAUGGGAAAACUAAUAUUCUGUUGGACUGGGUGUGAUUAUUCUACUGUCUGUACAUACUUGAGCUAGUAGGGUUGACAUCAUGGAUUAGAGAGGAUUUUAGUGUUUUACCCUAAUUUUAUUGUGUUUUUGACUAAAUAGAUUAGUACAGAAGCAACCUUGCUCAGUGGAGGAAGAAGAUAUUCAGUUGCGGGUGCUAACACAUUAGUGUUCAGCCUUUGCAAGUCGUAGGCACUGUGUUCAGUCUUCAGUCUAAAGUUGACACCUGCUUAAAAUCAAAUGCUUUAUUCAUAACUUGAGUAAAAUUUUCAGUAAGAAGGUGAUGAGUGUACCAAGAGAGGCCUAAAUAUUAGAAUUCUUUGUUUUUAUGGUUUUUUUUGUUCCCGAGAAUAGCUAAAAAGAUAUUGAUAAUAUUAAUCCAUCAGUUAUGACAAUGACUAGUUCAUUUUAUCCCAGCAUAUCAGUUACUCCUUUGGAAACCUUCCAGAGUUUGAAAUCCUUUUAUUAUCAAUAUUUGUGUAAGCUGUGGUGACAGUGCUCUACAUUUUUCUUGUCUUACUUGAGAGAACAAAACUCUGAUUUUUAAAAAUGUCUUUUUAUAUGUUUUGCAAUAACCAAGCCUUAAAUGUCUGUAAAUGGUGAAAUAAAGUUAAUUUUGUGACU